GGUGCAGAGUCCCUUCUUUCACCUUUUCGCACCGCGGUGCUAUUUCCGGCAGGGUUAAGGUCUUUGCUGCGGCAAGGUCACGACAGCGACAGUUUCGGGGCGGUCCCUGGCUGUUAACUGGGGAUCUUCCCGCUGCUCUGCGGGCACCACCUGUUCCCGUCGAUUAAGACCGAUCAAGAUGACCACCUCCCAAAAGCAUCGAGAUUUCGUGGCCGAGCCCAUGGGGGAAAAGCCAGUGGGGAGCCUGGCCGGGAUUGGUGAAGUCCUGGGCAAGAAGCUGGAGGAAAGGGGCUUUGACAAGGCCUAUGUGGUCCUUGGCCAGUUUCUGGUGCUAAAGAAAGAUGAAGAUCUCUUCCGGGAAUGGCUGAAGGACACAUGUGGCGCCAACGCGAAGCAGUCCCGGGACUGCUUUGGGUGCCUUCGAGAGUGGUGUGAUGCCUUCUUGUGAUGCUCUUUGGAGACCCCUCCACCCCCUGCCCCUGUGUUGAGUCUCCAGUGUUUGCAGCUGAGUGGAGACUCGUUCCUGCAAAAGAAAAGAUUGCUGUUGUCACACUCACCUCCAAUGUACACCAGGGUCUUUUGGGAGUUCUCUCCUUGUCAUUUCAACUUUUUUGGAAUUGCAUGCAUCCUCCUUCCUCUGCCACUUGCACACCUUUGAGAGUGAAUUCCUGGCCUCUUUCUUCCCCUCCCUCCCCUCUGGUCUGUUGAAUGCCAUUUGGCCCCUUUUUUGGUAGAAGUCACUGUCCUUGUAAAGUUUUUUAGAUCAAUAAAGUCAGUGGCCUUCAUGACUGGGCAUUGUGCAUUGGAAAGCAGGCAGGCCACGAGUCAUCUCUUCCCCAGGGACUGGUGCGCUCUUUUAUCAGUACAUGCCGAAACUGGUGGCUUUUCUUUCUGUUCACAGAGGGAGCCACCCAAGCCACAUGGGCUUUGGCAGAUGCUUUGGAGUGUCCCAAUCCCUGAAUAAUGUGGGAGAGUGUGGAUUGUUCUCUUCCUGGGAGCCAGGUGGGCUGGGGUUCCAGAUGUCAGUCAAUUAAUGGGCUAGGCAGCACCUGGUGGAAAAGUCAGUGGGAGUCACAGGUACCAGGAAAAGGGUGGACCAUAUGUGGGGAAAAGUUCUUCUGUCAGUCAUCACCAUCUGUUUUCCUGGCCUUUGGGAAAUGUGGGAAGAGCUCUUGCUGUCUUCUCAGCUGUCAGGAAGGGAGGAAACAUGGUCAUUCCAGCUGGGAGGGCUUGAAGGAGUUAGACCCAAAUACAGUACAUUUUAACCCUGA